UACAGAAGAUUUUGACAGAAAUUUUCUUAUAAAGCCUUUUCAAAAACCUUAUUCAGGACAAUUAUAUUCAUCAAAUCAAAAUGCUAGAAUAGAUAGAAUAGAAUCGAAAGAUAAAGAAGGUGGAUAUAAUGAGGAAGAGAAUAGAUGGCAUGCUCCAUCUUAG